CUUUUUCAACGUCAAAGGCAACGAACGAUUUGAUAUUGACAAUCUAACCAUCUCAUCACAAGAAAUCGUACAUCAAUCUGCCAAUCACUCAAAGAGAAUUGACCGCAAAUUGGAUCGAAACGCCACUGCCCUCCCAAACUGCCGCGAUAGUUUUCACCUUGCGCAGACAUCAUCUACGUGGCAAAUCCAACGACUCCGCGAUGCUACAUCUUCAUGUCUGGGGCUCAGCUUUUGGGCUGCCAUCUAUUGAUGCAGAAUGCUUAGCCAUUAUAACCUACUUUCACAACGCGCUGCCCGCCUCAUCAUGGCGUCUCAUACCCAGCAACGACCCCUCCGUCAGCCCAUCGAAUCUCUUACCAGCAUUAAAUCAUGAGGGUAACUGGACAAGCGGAUUCCAGCCCAUUGUCCAGUACCUGGCAUCAACAGCCCUUUGUGAUGGCCUAGACCAGAAUCUCAGCCCUAUCCAGCGCGCAGACAGCGUCGCCUACAGCGCCUACUUGCGGGCUCACGCAGGACCUCUUGUAGACCUGUCUCUCUAUGUCUCCGCGGCUAAUUGGGCCACUACUACCAGACCAGCAUAUAGCUCACUGCUAUCGUUCCCCCUGACGUGGACGGUUCCAACUUUGAUUAGAUCAGAAGCCAUCAAGCGUGCCGAGCACCUCGGACUCGCCGAACUGGACAGCGAUUUUGAUCCUAGUAGCGGCCUUCAUCUAAGUGCUGGAAGGGACGCACUGCCUGAGACGUUUCGGCGGCAUAUCCCUUUGAUGAUCAAGAAGACUGUCCAUGAGGAGAUGACGCCAGAGCAGGCAACAGCAAUCCGGUUAUUUAGUCUGACUGAAGACUGUCUGACGGUGCUGGAUGAUCUAAUACAGGGAGAGAGUGAAGAUCACCCUAGAUUUUUCGCUGACGCUCCAGUUACCUCACUCGACUGCUUGGCAUUCGGAUAUCUAGCUCUCAUGCAGAAGCCUCCUAUACCCCGAGCGUUCCUCAAAGAUUGGCUUGAAUCGAAAACCCCAAGACUACACAAAUUUGUCGACUCUAUGCUCGCCAGAAACAUCGCCGGACGCGGCAAUCUUCCCUGGGCGGUCCCCGACCCGACCUCUGCCGUUCGCUUCAGCGGCCGCGUUUUCGACUCUGUAUUACGCCAUCUCCCCAACGUAGGCGAGCAAUACGCGUCGGAAGUACGCCGCAGGGCGGAACAGCAGACGAAAGGCUUAGACCAGAGAGCUCUGAUGUUGAUCGUGGGCGUGGUACUUACCGGCCUGGCGACUGGCUAUGGGUUCCAGACCUAUAGGGCGAUGCAGCCGUUCGGAGCAUCCACUCAAUCCUGGCAGCCUCGGCGGAAGCAGUCGAGGCUGAGCGAUUUUGGACAGCUCGGCUCGAUGCUAAGUAGUGCUAUGGGGCCCUAUCAGCCAGUACCCAGUGGUCUUGAUUUAGGAACUCGAGAUCACGGAGGGCCUGGUGGAAGGUUGGUGGAAGUGGACUCCGAAGUAGAUUAAAGAAAUAGAAGAAGAAAGAAAGAAAGAGGAAAGAAAGAAGAACAUAAUCUC